CAUGUAAGAAAUGGAGCCAAAUAUUGCCCACUAGGGCUUAGAGUCGGCCAUUCCAGGUCUGAACGAAGUGCGGCUAACUCAGCAACUGCACCAACAAUGGUUCUCAAGACAGAGCUAUGUCGCUUCAGUGGAGCCAAGAUAUACCCAGGGAAGGGUAUCAGAUUUAUUCGCUCAGACUCCCAGGUCUUCCUCUUUGCCAACUCAAAGUGCAAGAGGUAUUUCCACAACCGCCUUAGGCCUGCAAAGCUUACAUGGACUGCCGUGUACAGGAAACAACAUAAAAAGGAUAUAGCUGCAGAAACUGUGAAGAAGAGGCGUCGUACCACCAAGAAGCCUUACUCAAGGUCAAUUGUCGGUGCUACCUUGGAAGUGAUCCAGAAGAAGAGAGCUGAGAAGCCAGAAGUCAGAGAUGCUGCACGUGAAGCUGCUUUACGUGAAAUUAAGGAGAGAAUCAAGAAAACCAAGGACGAGAAGAAGGCAAAGAAGGCAGAACUGAUGUCCAAGACAAAGACUUCUAAGGGUAACGUCCCUAAGGGUGCUAUGCCCAAGGGUCCUAAGCUUGGAGGCGGCGGCGGCAAAAGAUAAAUUGUUUCCUGGCAACUUUCUAAUGAAUGAUAUUGGGCGACUGACAAUGUUCUGUUCCUAUAUUGAUUUUCUUGUUAACAAUUUGAUGUGGCUAAAUUCUAUUUUCUAUGUUUUGUGAGCAUUAGCUUGAAAGAUUUAUUUGGCGCGGAGUUCUUUUUUUUUUCU